AUGUUUAUUUCAAAGACAAUAUCUAAUCCGACAAAAAAAUUAAAUAUAAAUAUUUCGUCAAAUUCUAAACAAACAACAUGUAAAUUAUUUGUUGGUAAUUUAGCUACACAUACAACAAGUACACAUCUUCAAUCAAUUUUUCAUACAUAUGGACAAAUUAUUGAAUGUGUUAAAGUACGUGAAAGAUAUGGUUUCGUUAGAUUUUCAACAAAUGAAGAAGCUCAACAAGCAUUAAAUGCUUGUAAUGGAUUACAAUUAAAUGGUUAUCCAAUGAUUGUUGAAUAUGCACAAAAUGAAAUUUUAAUUAGUCCAAAAUCACCACGUACAUCAUCAUGUCGAUAUCAUUCAAAAAAGAUACCGAUACCAAUAGCAAUUAAUACUACUAAUACUACUAAUAAUAGUAAUACUAAUACUAAUGAUGAUAUACCUUUAUUAACAGUUGAACCAAUAAAAUAUUCAACAUCAACAUUAAAUCCUGAUGCAUCAUCAUUUACAUUAGCUUGUUCAACAAGUGAUUAUCAUUCACAAUCAGAUCGACCAUCAAGUCGUGCAUCAUCGGAACGAUCGAAUUGUUUAUCACCAUCGAUACUUUCAGCAACAUUACCAUUAUCAUAUUCAGAUGAUGAUGAUGAAGAAGAUGAAAAUAAUUAUCGAAAAAAUAUUCAUGAUAAACAACAACCAUUAAAUAUUUUCAUUGGUGAUAAAAUUCUUAAAUUAUAUGGAUCAAAUGUUGAUGCUAAUAAUAAUCAAACGACAACAUCAUUUGAUGGUCGUGAUAUUGAUCCACGUGAUCCAAUAUUUAUAUGGAAUUUUGCCUUUUAUCCAGAUGUAUCAAUAAGUCCAUUUGUCAAACGUUCAGAUAUUAAAACAUUACUUGAACGUCGAGUUUCACUCUAUUCACAAUAA